CCUAGCUUGACAUUCACCGAUUACGUAAAAACAGACGUAGGAAGGUUGUUUUCGAGAUUUCUUCGAGUAAUCAAGAGCGUAUAUAAUAAUUACAAAAAUCGGAGUAUUGAUUAUCACCGGUACAUCAUGAUAAACCACGAUAAUAUCGUUUACAUGAGAUACGGCGCGCCGUUGUUGAAGGGACCCUUUACAGAUCUCUUCCUCCAUAUACGCAAUCUUCAGUGCGUCAAAGAGUGCGCACCCUAUGAGGUGCAGUACAUGGAUUGCAUGGAGGCAUACGGCUAUCACAGGGGCAAGGAGAAGUGCAGAUUGAUACUCGAGGACAUGUACGAAUGCGUGAUGAAAAUAAAGAGAGGUCGGCGCGUCCAACUGAUGAACGAAGAGCGAACCCGUCGGUUGUUUGCCGGCGAAAAGCGUGAGGACGUGUUCGAGCCAACUCCGCCGCUCGAUCUGUAUUAAAUUGCGCCCUUUCUCGCCGGGCGAAUGCAUAUAGUUCACGUGUAAAUGUAUCGGACUAAAAAAAUGCCCAUUUUUACCAAUGUAGAUUAACUUUAAUCUCGCUUUAACUUACUUUCCUAUCUUUUUCUAACUUUUAGAACUAGGAAAAGAUGACAGAUAAGCUAAACCAAGAUUAAAGAUUAACCUGCGUUGAUAGAAUUAGACAUAAAAGGAUUAACUUGAUAGACAACAAAAGCGUUUUACCCACAGAAAACUUGUCGCACCAGUUCAUUGCUUGAAAACUCUUUCUUUCCCUGGGAAUGUUUCUUGAGUGAGGUACAUUUAAGAAUUGCAAUAUGUGUUACUCCUGUCUCUCUCUCUCUGAAUAUUUUCGCUGUACAAUACUUUAAGAGAUUUAUUAAAAAGACAUUCAUUAAAUUAGUAUUAAAACAUUUAUCAAUCCACAUAGAAUUGCGACAAGAAUAUCUGCUGAAUGUUGAAAUUGUAAAAUGAUAUCGUUACGUUACAAUAUACAGUUAUUAAUAAUCAUG